GCAAAGAACAAGUGCGGUUCCCAUGUUCUUCAAGCUGCUUUCAAAAGCGACACUCUAGAGGAAAGUGUGAAGGAGAAAUUAAUAAAUGCCUUUGAGGAUGACUGGGGAUCGUUGAUCUCAGAUGUAUACGGUAGUCACGUAUUUGAGUCAAUAUGGGAUUGCUCGUUGUUCACAGUAAAGAGGCGACAGGAGCUUAUGAAGAAGCUUGUUCCAAUCCAUAAUGACUCCAAAUUUUGGAAAUUUGCAAUGCUGAGAUGUGAUAUGUAUUUGUUCCGGAAAGAUCGAAAAGCUUGGGUAGAAAAGAUGAAGAAAACUGUGAAAAAGGUCAAGCAUUAG